UUGAGCAUGACGUCACGUCUGUACGGCUACCUUUUGGAGCACACCCGGGAGCCAAAGGUGCUUCAGCAGCUCCGUGAAGCCACUGCGGCGGUGUCCGGGGCGCACAUGCAGGUGACUCCGGAGCAGGGAGCUCUGCUGGGGCUGCUGGUGGAGCUGACGGGCGCGAGGAGGAUCGUGGAAGUGGGGGUUUUUACGGGCUACUCCUCGUGCGCAAUGGCGAUGGCUCUACCGCCGGACGGCCGCCUCGUGGCUCUGGAGCGGGACGAGCGGCCUCUGCAUAUGGCUCGUCAGUUCUGGCAGAUGGCAGAAGUAGCGGACCGAGUGGAGGUACGGCUGGGGCCUGCGCUGGAGUCCCUGGAGCAGCUGAUAGAGCGAGAUGGACCGGCCUCGUACGACAUGGCGUUCAUUGAUGCCGACAAGCGGUCGUACGACAAGUAUUACGAGAUUUUGUUGCAAUUAGUCCGUCCCGGUGGGCUGAUUGCCAUUGACAACACGCUUUUCUACGGGCGAGUUGUUGAACCCCAGGCCAAUGACAAGGCUGCGAUGGCGCUGCAACAACUUAAUGCCAAGCUCCUCAGCGACCCACGGGUCACAAUGAGCCUGGUGCCCAUCGGGGACGGCAUGACGCUGUGCAGGCGCCGGUGA